GUUUCUAUUGCUACCAAUGAAAGGGAAGCCUGUAUCUUGUUGAAAACCAGACAAGAGAAACGAACGAUCAGAUCCCCUUUUGUCGUUUUAAGCUUAAGAAUUAGAAAUGAGCGAGCUUCAGAAACCCAAAUCGAAAAGACAAGAAGAAGAAGAAGAAGAAGAAGGUAAUAAUGUCGGUUGCAGAGAAGAGCAGGAACAAGCCCUUGUCGCUUUAGUAGAGCACCGUUCAGCUGAGACAGAGCGUCUCAAGCAUCACAUAUCUAACUACCAAGCCAAGCUUAUUGAAGCAGAAAGAAGUCUGAGAGAUUCAAAAGCUAAGCUAGCUAACCUUCGUGGUCAUGAUGAUGGAGUUUCGGUUCCAUCUGUUAGUAGUGCAAAGAAAGAGAACCCAUUAAAGACUUUGAGAAAUGUUAAUGAUGAUGAAUCUACAAGAAACGUUACUCCUUCUAGGAAAGAGUAUCAUAACUCCUCUCUUCCUACAAGUAAUAGUAGUAUCUCCAAGUCCAAGACCAACACUCCUGUUGUUGUGAAGCAAAAGCCUGAAACAUCUUCUCGUGACAGUAUCUCCAACUCCAAGUCCAAAACUGUUGUUGUGAAACAAACAUCUUCUCGUGAUAGUCCUAAUCUUAAAGCUAGCAGAGAUCGGGAUAGAGGGACGAAAAGGAAGUUCGAGCAAAAGGAGCAUAAAGAGGUGAUUCGGUUUAUAGCUAGAAACUCUUCACCAACUACAAUCAAGUGUAAUUCUAGCAACCAAAUCUCCAGUCAGCACAAGAGGAAGUUAAGAAGCUUGAUUCUCUGCCCUGUAAAUGAGCAGCUGUUUGCAACAAGUUCUCUGGAUGGCAUGGUCAGUUUAUGGCAACUCCAACCUGGAAGAUUGGCUGCAUCAUUGCUUAGUACCACGGACUGUUUAUCUCAAAAACAAAGAAGAUGGGGAGAAGACAUGGCCUGGCACCCAUCCGGGCACACCCUUUUCUCUGUAUACACUGCAGACGAUGGUGAUUCUCAGAUAUCCAUCCUAAAUUUGAACAAGACCCGCGGGGUAACUUUCCUGGAGAAUAAACCACACGUGAAAGGGAUAAUCAACAACAUAAAGUUCAUGCCGUGGGAAAACACAUGCUUUGUAACGGGAGGGAGUGAUCACGCCGUUGUUCUAUGGAACGAGAGUGAUGAUGAUGAAGAAAACAAAUGGAAGUCGAAAACUCUACACAGGAAUCUGCAUUCAGCCGCUGUGAUGGGAGUUGAUGGGAUGAGGAACAAGAACGUCGUUUUGUCGGUUGGAGCAGACAAGAGAAUAUACGGGUUUGAUGUUCAAGUUGGUAGAGCAGACUACAAGCAUCAGAUAGAGUAUAAAUGCAUGAGCGUUCUCUCCAACCCUUGUGACUUCAAUCUGUUUAUGGUUCAAUCCGGGGAACCGGAGAAACAGCUUAGAUUGUUUGAUAUCAGAUUAAGGAGAACGGAGCUUCAUUCGUUUGGUUGGAAGCAAGACAGUAGUGAAUCACAAUCAGCUUUGAUAAACCAGUCUUGGUCUCCUGAUGGUUUAUACAUCACCUCCGGUUCAGCUGACCCGGUUAUCCAUCUUUUUGACAUCAGGUACAAUUCUCGUAAACCGACGCAGUCAAUAAAAGCUCAUCAGAAAAGAGUGUUUAAAGCGGAAUGGCAUUACUCUCAGCCACUUCUUAUCUCCAUAUCUUCUGAUCUCAACAUUGGUCUGCACAAGAUUUCAUGACCACUCUGAGAUAUCUCAUAUGUUUCUUUUUUACUAAUCAAGGUUCAGUAUAGUAAGCUUAAUGUUGGCUUAGUUAUCAUUACAAAUUCAAAUAGAUUUACAAACCAAUUCUUAUUUACAGGCAUCAACAUCAUUUACAUGGGGAACUGAAUUGAAAGCUUGUCUUGAUCUUCCUAUUAAUUUCAGUUCUAUAAAUGAUUAUUUAACCUUACUGCUGUGCUCUGCCUCUAGUAGUUGUGAUUUCACAAUUUUUUUUUAAUU